CGAGUGUGUAGUGAAUGUGCGGCAGGAGAAUUACAACGAAGAGUGCAGAGUCAUGAAAGUGUUUGUAAACACCGUAAGCUCCAUAUGCACACAAGGUUGCACUACAACAGAUAAUUGCCAAAAGUCCUGAGUCAGGGGUGCUGUUUUUUUGCCACCUGAGUUGGGCCUGUCAUGCCACUUUACUUUACGUGGGAGGCCAGUGUUAAACCACUGAAGCUACUGGACGUUACAAAUGACAGAAUGAUUGCUCAAAGAGCGCUCUCGGAAUCAAGCAGGAUAUCUGUGUGUGUUCUGCAUGGAAGUACAAUACUAGCUUAAGGUCUUCUUGGGUACAACAGACUGAGUUCACAAGGCAGACACAAUGCCGUGGCCUUUUUCAGAGUCCAUUAAAAAGCGGGCCUGCAGGUACUUGCUGCAUCGAUACUUGGGCAACUUCCUUCAAGAAAAGCUAAGUUUGGACCAGCUUAGUGUGGACCUUUACCAAGGCAAAGGUUCACUUGCACAAGUGCCACUGGACAAAUGGUCACUAAAUGAGAUUCUGGAGUCGGUGGAUGCUCCAUUUGAAGUGACUGAGGGCUUCAUUCAGGCCAUUACCCUCACUGUGCCCUGGGCCUCAUUGCUUCAGGACAACUGUGCUCUGGAAGUCAAGGGCUUAGAAAUGGUUUUUAGGCCAAGACCUCGAAUGACAUCUGGUACAGAGCCUAUGUACUGGUCCAGCUUUAUGACCAGCAGUAUGCAACUAGCGAAGGAAUGUCUGAGUCAGAGACUAACCGAUGAUCUGGGAGAGGGUUUCCAACCUCUGGAGGGUCUAGAGAAGUUUGCUGAGACAAUAGAGACAGUUUUGAGAAGAGUCAAGGUCACAUUUUUGGAUACUGUCCUUAAGAUCGAACAUGUUCCAGAAAAUUCCAAGACAGGAAUUGCCCUUGAAAUCAGAAUCAAAAGAAUGGUUUACUGUGAUGAAGCUGCUGAAGAGGGCUCAAGUGUGAACAUUCACCAGCCCACUACAUUUGCACACAAAAACCUAACGUUGGAGGGUGCAAAUGUUUUUUGGGAUGAAUUUUCAGAGAUCUCCCGUGCCAGUGUCAAAUCAUCUCCAACUCAGUCGGAAACUGAGCCUAAGUUGUCACCAAGCUGGAAUCCAAAAAUUAUCUGCGAGCCUCACCCACAGUUCACAGAGCCCGUUUGUGCCAGCACACCUUUUGAACCUGUUCAGGUGGGCUGCCUUAGUGGUAGACUGGAGCUGUCCCUGGUCCUGAAGCAGAAUGAAGCCAUGCCUGGAGCCAAGUUGGAUGUUGAAGGACAGAUUGAUUCAUUGAUCAUGCUGCUUUCACCACGGCAAGUUCACCUGCUUCUGGAUAUGUUUGGAGUCUUCUCUGGCUCAGCAGGUCAAAAAUGGUCUGGCUUGGCCAAAGACAGAAAAAGUCGUCCAAUGCAGCAGGAAGAUGAGUACCGUCUACACAUGGAGCUUAACCGCUGCUUAAAAAAGGAGCCAAUGACUGCUGUUACCGAACAGGACUUAUUUGAGAGUCAGACCACCAGAACAGUGUCGAGCCGAGCAGAAGAUGUAUUUUUCUCCAUGGCCGACAUGGACAUGUCACACAGCCUAUCAUCUCUGCCCCCUCUUGGAGACCCACCCACUGUAGACCUGGAUUUGUCUCUCAACAGCAACUACUCCACCUCUCUGGCGGAGUCACCCUCUGGCAGCGCAGCUACUGUGUGGGAUGAGUACCUGGAUAUGCCUAAACAAAAGGAGAAACAAAGUCAUGAAACACCAUUGUUCUCUAGAGAGCCUCCGUGCCCACAUGGUCUGGGCAGACAGACAUCUCAUUCUUCCAAGGGCCACUGUGAUGAGUCUAGGCCUGAGCUAGUUUUCAGGCUAACAGUGGGCAAUAUUUGCCUAUCUGUGCUGCACAUCGAUCCUCUGCCACCCCCAGACUCAACUCUCAGCCCUCUCGCACCAAUGGCCUCUGAAUUUUUCCACAUGAUGGCAGAUGACCAGCUACAUCUAAGAGGGUUCCUUCAAACACGAGAUAUUUUUGACCAGGCCUGCCCACACGACCACCUCAGGUUCAUAGGUGAGGGGUUAAAGGUGACAUAUGAGCAUUGCCAGGGUUCCAGUCUACGUACUCUUAGCACAGAUCUGUCUUUAAGGUGUAUGGAGUUGCUAGAAUGCCUCUAUCCUACAGAGAAUCACAGAAGCACAGUGCAGAGUGGGGUGCAGUACACAGAGCUCUUAACGUUUGAUGCUGCCAGCUAUGAUUCUGCUACCCAAACCUGUCUUCAUUUGUUCUACAAGUUAAAAGAACGCAGAGGUCCACAGGGUGGGCAGGUGCGUCUGAGUGCCAUGCCCUGUAAAGCAGAGUUUCAGGUGGAGCUGGGUAAGGCUCGGUCAGAGUGUGACAUCAGCAUCGUAGACCGUCUACACUCCCUGCUUCAGCCCCAGAAACUGGCCACCACCGAAACCAUGGCCUCUCACAUGUACACAUCCUAUAACAAGCAUGUUAGCCUACACAAGGCUUUUGCAGAGGUCUUUCUGGAAGAUAGCCGCAGCCCUGCACACUGUUUGGUGGCACUGUCUGUGAAUGCUCCCCAACUGGUGCUAGUGGUACGGUUCCCCAUCCCAGACCUGCGCUCAGACCAAGAGAGAGGCCCUUGGUUUAAAAAAUCUCUGCAAAAGGAGGUGCUGCGCUUAGAACUGGAAGAUUUGGAGCUCAAAACUGAGUUCAGUGGAAAUAGUUCAGAGCAGACCAAGAUAGAACUCACCUUUAAGGAGCUCAGUGGUACAUUUCAGAAUGACAAAGAUCAUCCUGCGUCCAAGUUUUUACGUGUCUCACAUACUAUGGAGGAGAACAUGACCUCUUCUGACAGUGGCAAAUUUGAUUGGCCAAGAGUGGUUCUAAAGGUGAACCCCACGGUUGUGCACUCCAUAUUGGAGCGGGUUACAGCUGAAGAGGAGGAGGAAUGUGCCGAAGGACAUUCCCAAGAGGAAGAGGAAGAAGAGGAAGGAACUGCCCACUCUUUGAAGGAUGUGUGUGAUUUUGGUAAACCUGAGCCGUCACCCUUUUCCUCACGACGUGUCAUGUAUGAAAAUGAAGAAAUGGUUAUCCCUGGAGAUGUAGUGGAGAUGACAGAAUUUCAGGAGAAAACCAUGACCAACUCUCGUUACAUCCUCGAACUGUCUUUCCCCAAUGUGCAAAUAUCAUUACCUAACAAGGCCUUCUAUGAGAAAUUACACAACAGGAUUAACAAUGACCUGCUGUUAUGGGAGCCCACCGCUCCUUCACCAGUGGAGACGGUGGAAAACAUGCCAUACGGGGGUGGUCUCUCAGUAGCCAGCCAGCUCAUCAGCACGUACAGCAAGGAUAGCUUCAGUCAGUUCAAAUCUCUUUGCCCUGAGGAAGAAGACAGUGGUUCAGAAGAGGAGACUCUACCAUAUUACACUCCAGUUGAGUUGGGCUAUAGGAACAUGAAGAAGAGAAAAAAUAAGAUGCCUUCAAAAAACGCACAGAGCCUGUUCUCUGUUCUGCUAUCCGUCAAUCACUGUCUGGUAGCAUUGCAUACAGAGGCAAAGCAGUCUGAUAAAAGUGUGCUGAAGGAUAAACAUGGGGAGUUCUGGAUGGAAGUGAAAAAUGGAGUUGUGUUCAGUGUCACACAGUACGAGGGUUAUAACGACCAGCACUAUGUCUGUUUUCACACCUCUGCAAUCUGCCUUUAUCAUCAAGGCACAGUAGAAGGAGAUGUCCCGGUGUGGGACGUGAAGUUGCCCUGUAGGACACGUCCUCACUGGUUGGAGCCUGUAUUGUAUGUGUGUGAGUCUGCGGCAGAACGAGCGUCUCCCUUGGAAGGAUUGAGCAUGGAACCUCAGAGUAUGCUGUCCCUUGCCCUCAAGAUUUCCUCCCAGACAACCGAGCGCAAUGUAAAGGAGUUUCUGCUUGCUGUUGGAGUGAGAGCGGCAACAUUUCAGCACAGAGUUGUAUCUUCUGGUCUGGGGUGGUAUGACCAGAUAGUAGAUUUUCUAAAUGUGACAGAUGAGCCUGUGCUUGGCUAUACGCCCCCGUCCUAUUUUACGACCCUUCACCUACACCUGUGGAGCUGCUCCCUAGAUUACAGGCCAUUGUAUCUGCCUGUGAGAUCCCUGCUCAGAGUCGAGACCUUUAGUAUCUCUAGCAGUGUGUCUUUGGACCACUCUUCUUCUUGUCUUAGAAUCAUUCUUGAUGAAGCAGCGCUGUUUUUGUCUGACAAAAGUAAUGCUGUGUCUGUCAACUUGGCUCAAGACUAUGUGCAGGUGGUAGACAUGGGAACUUUAGAGCUCAGGAUCACAGCAGUCAAACCUGGCACAGAUGGGGAGAGAACAAAACCAAGGUUUGAGUUGCGCUGCUCAAGUGAUGUCAUUCACAUUCGGACCUGCUCUGACUCCUGUGCUGCACUUAUGAACCUUAUCCAGUACAUUGCCAGCUAUGGAGACCUCACGCCUCCAUCCAGGGUGGAGAGCAAGAGUGGCAGCGCCAAACAAAGAGCAAAGGUGGAGUUAUUGAGCAAGCCUCAGUCACAUGGCCCCCUGCUUCCUGAUGCUGAGCAGCAGAUGCUGCAAGAUCUGAUGAGUGAUGCAAUGGAGGAAACCGACUCCUUGCAGGGUCACAUCUUGCAGUCUAAUGGUGUACAUGUUGAUCAAACAAGUGAUCAAGACCCACCACUUUCUGAUCUCUUCCUCUUCCCUGAUGAAAGUGGCACUGUGGGCCACGAUCCUUGCCAGGCGUACCCCAUACUGCAUUCACCGCUCAUCUCCCCCCCUUGCCCCAGCACACACCAUGACUCUGAUGACUUCUGCAUUCUGGACACUCCAGGGUUUAGAGCAACGGGAAGGGAUGAAGAGCCUGUGGUAAAGAAACUGACCAGCGAACCCAUUUUGGUUCUGGACAAUCAUUUUAACAAGCCUCUAGAGGGCAGCACUUCCAGCAGAGGCCCACUGAACUUCCCGGUGCCUGAUGUCAGGUACCUAGUUAAGGAGAUCUCUGUGAUCUGGCACCUUUAUGGAGGAAAGGACUUUGGGAGCGGGCCGCUCUCAGCCUCUCCAGCCCGCAGUCGAGGGGGUACUCCUCACAGCUCCCCCUCUCAAACACCAGUAAGGCAGGCCCGCAGUGGCUCUCGCUCAGGGGGAGGUUGGGGGAGGAAUCCAGAUGUGUUGAUGGAGAUUCAGCUCAGCAAGGUACGGUUUCAACAUGAAGUUUACCCCCUGAAGGGCCCAGAGGCAAGUACACUGGCUGAACAGCCAGUAUCCAGACAGGUCUUCUCAGUGCAGGAUCUGGAGAUACGAGACAGACUGGCCUCCUCCAUGAUGAACAAGUUUCUUUAUCUCUACUCCAGCAAAGAGAUGCCCAGGAAAGCCCACUCCAACAUGCUCACAGUCAGAGUGUUGCACAUGCGUCCAGAGGCGGGUCAGGCUCCACAAGAAUGCUGCCUGCGUGUUUCCCUUAUGCCACUUCGUCUCAACAUUGACCAGGAUGCUCUGUUCUUUCUGAAGGACUUCUUUACCAGUCUGGCUACAGAGGUAGAGCUCUUCUCCCCACCAGAACAGGAGGCAUUGUGUGUAUCCACAAAAAAGCCUUCUGGUCCAGAGGUAGCGUGCACAUUUGCGAAAUCAACUGGAGGAGCAGGUCAGAGCUCUGCACCAAUCAUCUCUGUACCAACCCAAACCCGUGCCAGUAUGAAUGGCCUCGGAGCCUCCAGCCAUGAGCAUGAGUCUACCGCAACAUCUUUUACUGAUCAGCCUAUUUUCUUUAGAGAGUUCAGGUUCACUUCUGAGGUGCCAAUUCGACUCGAUUAUCAUGGAAAACAUAUGGCCAUGGAGCAGGGUACUUUUGCUGGUAUAGUAAUUGGACUGACCCAGCUGAACUGCUCUGAGCUCAAACUGCGGAGACUCUGCUACAGACAAGGACUGUUGGGUGUAGAUAAGCUCUUUUCUUAUGCCAUUAAUGAAUGGCUCAAUGAUAUUAAGAAGAACCAGUUGCCUGGAUUGCUUGGUGGAGUGGGGCCCAUACACUCCCUGGUGCAACUUGUUCAGGGCAUCAGAGAUCUAGUGUGGCUGCCUAUAGAGCAGUAUCGGAAGGAUGGGCGGAUAGUGCGGGGAUUUCAGCGAGGUACUGCCUCAUUUGGGACGUCCACUGCGAUGGCAGCCCUGGAGCUUACCAAUCGCAUGGUGCGAACCAUCCAGGCAGCUGCAGAAACAGCAUAUGAUAUGGUGUCUCCAGUGAUAGAUGAGAGAGAGUGCAAAAGAAUCAAACGGUACUCACAUUUCCGACUGGCUCAUCAGCCUGUGGACCUCAGGGAAGGUGUGGCCAAGGCAUACAGUGUAGUGAAAGAGGGCAUUACAGAUACGGCGUUAACGAUUUACGAUACGGCCACUCGUGAGCAUGAGCAGAGGGGAAUGACCGGUGCUGUGGGUGGAGUCUUGCGCCAGCUUCCUCCUGCUGUUGUUAAACCUCUAAUUGUUGCUACAGAAGCCACCUCUAACGUGCUGGGAGGCAUGAGGAACCAGAUUCACCCAGAUGCUCGCCAGGAGGAAUCACAGAAAUGGCGUCAAGGAGAAGAAUAAUCAAAGCAAUCUUGUACUCAUUCUGUCUAAGGCUGAUGGAGGUGACAAAGUACUAUGGCUAAGUCAACAGUACACAAUUGAUAGAAUCAGCUUGGCUGACUGGCCUGUGGUGUCAACAUUUUGCUGCUUACAGUUUUAUUUAAGGCCAUGGUAAUAUGUUACUGGUAGACCUACUGGCAGUAAAGCCUUUGCUUCAGAUCAGCUGUUAAAGACUGAAGCUAACUGGAUUAACAAGAUUUUUAUUUUUUUUUCAGCAGCGCCUGAUCCCAUAUAUUGAAUUACUCAAAAGCUGCAGCACUAGGGAUUUAAAUUAUCUUUACUGGAAUAGAUUAAUUGGGUUAGCAUGAAACCUUGUCAGUUUUAUGUCAGUAAACUUCUGUAACCUGGCUUUUCCACCAAGGCUAGUGUUAUAAGGUUAGUUAGUUCAGGAUCAUGACACGGAUAGGCUAGUUAAUCAGACCUAAGACUAAAAGUUGCCCAAAAAAUGACAUGUAGUGCCUUUAUAGGAUUAGUAUAAAAUGUUAAUUAAUUCAGUUUUCUUUAAUAUUGACAUUAAAAUGAGAUCAGGUUCUUUUUUAGGUUUUGCCCAAACAUGGUUAUAAUUGUUUAUAAAAUUGCCAUUAUUUUCUCAUAACAAGGAACUAAUAAAAGGGAAUUUCAGUGGAAUGGAUGGUUCAUGAAUGACUGCUUGCAUUAUGUCCUUUGUUAAUAAAUCUUGAUUCACUGAAUCUGGUUCAGUUCCAUGCACUAGUUUCUGCUGUAAGACUACUUCAUCAAUUGUUAAAGACAAUUAACAUUUGAUGUCAUAAUAGAGAGUUUGCCUCAAACAUAUCCCUUUUUAAAAAUCUGAUGUUUCCAUGGUUUAAUAUUACACAUUUGUCAUAUGGACUUUUGAUUCAACUUCUCUACAGAGACGGUGGUGUUUUUUUGUUCAGUUGUUUAAUGUGUGUUUGCUUUUGUGACAUUCCCUAGCAUCUGUAUCACAAACCAAGUCUUACGGAAGAAACAUUUAAAGCCAGGCUCUUAAUAUUGUGGAGCUUUUGCACAUACAAAUGUCAUCACUGUAAGCAAUUUAAAAAUGUAAUAUAUUCAUCAUAAUGCAUAACAAAUGUGAAUAUAUGUGUAUAGAUUGUGUAGUUCUGCAUUAUACAAAUGCUUUUGAGAUUUGAAUUUGUGUAUGGAAACUCCUUACUGCAACACAUUUACUUUAAAGCUGAGAGAAACUGACUUCCUCCUACCUUUUCCUCUCCCAGCACACAAAUACACACAACUAAAAAGGUAGUAACAGAUUUGUACAUAUAUGUAAAGUUAAUUUGUGCAGUUUACAUGAAAGCAUGUGUUAUCUGUAAUAAAUGGUUUAAUGUCCAGCA